CUUCUGAAAAAGACCCGGUGAAAAUUGGUAUUGCUACUAGUAAUUGUUCCGAAUUUCAUUGCGGGUUAAUCAAGAAUGUUAGCAUUGGAGAAAGUUCUUCGUCCUUAAAAAAAAUCUUAGUAGUUAAUAAUAUUCGUCCGAUUAAUAACGUAGUUGACUUGGCUAAUUUAGUAAUGUUAGAAACCGGACAACCCUUUGACUUGCUUGAUUACGAUACCUUGCCUCCCAAAACGAUUCUGGAAGUGCGUCAAGCCCACAAAAAAGAACGAAUAAUUACUUUUUCCGGACAACAACUAAUACUCAAUCCUGAGGAUAUUGUAAUUGGUGCGGAUAAAAAGAUUAUUAGUUUAGCUGGAAUUAUUGGGGCUAAAAAUACAGCAAUAACUUCGCAAACUCGCAAUAUACUUGUCGCGUGCGGAACUUUUGCCACUUCUCACCUCAAAACCACGGCUUUUCGUCUUGGUAUUACAACUCAAUCUAGUCAAUUAUGCACCAAAAAAGUUAAUUUGACUGGACAACCUUUCUUGUCCCUUCAAUACCUAAUUUCUCUCCUGAAAAAAUUAGGAGGAUUGACCGAGCAAGAAGUUGCAAUAGUUUCCGCUUCCUCCCCGACUAAAAAAAAAAAACCGCUUAUUGCCCUCAGUGAAAACUUCCUCAAAAAGAGGAAAGGAGUAAUUUAUUACCUUAAACCUCCUUUUUAUCGGCUCGAUAUUACUAGAGCCGAAGAUUUAGUGGAAGAAAUAUUAAGAAUUUAUGAUUAUAACAAAAUACCGAUUAGUAAUGGUUGGCAAGAAAUUAUUACUUACUCGUUAGUUUCCGAAACAGAAAAAGCCCAAGAUUUUUCCCCUUGUUUAGAUAAGGAAAACUACCGAGUGUUAUCCCCCAAAAGUGAAAAUCACCAAUUUUACCGGCAAACUCCAAUUCCCAGCCACCUAAAAACGAUUAAUUAUAACCUAACUCAUGGUAGCAAAGACUUGUUAUUUUUUGAAAUUUCUUCUACUUACUCUGCCAUCUCGUCAGGAACUUACCAAGAGGAGUUACUGAUUUUAAGAGCUCUGGAAAAUAUUUUUUCUCUUUUUCUCUUGUUGGAAAAAGUUAAUUUUCUUCCUGUUGCUUCCGAUUUAAAUAGUGAAUUGAAAGGAGAAAUAUUUCUCGGCCAAGAAAAAAUUGGCUAUUUAGGAAGCGAGAACAAAAAACCAAUACUUUUUGCCCAAAUCUCGUUAACUAAAAUUUUCGCUCACCUUACUAAUAAUCCGCCACAAAUUUUUUACCAACCUGUUUCUCGCUUCCCGGUGAGUGAAAAAGACUUAUCAUUAAUAAUUUCUGAGAACCUUGACUACAAUGAAAUAGUUAAGGAAAUAAAAAAAAGCGGUGGUGAAGAUUUACGCGAAGUAAAAGUUUUUGAUGUUUACCAAAGUGCCAAACUAGUUAAACAACGAACAAAAUCUGUCAGUUUUCAUUUAAUUUUUCAGAGCCCGAAAAGAACUCUGGAAAAAGUAGAGAUAGGAAAAAAUCUGUUAAGCAUCAUUAGACAUUUAUCCGAA